AUGUCUUCCACAGUAGCCAUCAAACUUGAGUCUCUCACCCCCCGUGAGGCCAUCAUCGACGUCCUCUCCCGCGUUGCCAUUGCUUGCGAUCUGAAUGACCUCGAGCUCUUCAACUCCGUGUGGGCUGGAGAAGACGCCUCAGCCGAAAUCCACGACGGCGAACUCAAAGCUCUCCCUAAUCUCGCUCUGAUCCGGAAACACAUCUUCGAAAUGGUUGGACCCAUGGACACCACUCAUAAUGUGAGCAAUGUCCGCGUGGAUCUCAAGGACGGAGCGAAUACCGCCUUCCUCACUGCCACAUCACUGGCUCAGCAUUGUCCUCCUGGGAGGGGCCGAGAGCCAGAUGGGCCCAAGUUCCUGGUCGGUGGGCAAUACUCCCUUGAUCUUGUCAAGAAUGAUGCAAAUGAAUGGAAGAUCAAGAAGUUUGGAUUGAAGGUCAUCUGGAGAGAGGGAGACCCGUCAGUCAUGAUGCCAAAGCAGCAUUAA